AUGACUGCGGCAUCUGCAUCGACGACGGGGAAGCUUCACAAAGACAACAUUGUGGAGCUGCACAGGUUCCUGUCACAUAUUACUCGUCAUCCAGGUCGUUGGACGCCUCGUGGCCUGGCUAUUGUGAGGGCAGCUGUUCCGGAUGCGAAUAUAAGUGUGAGAGUUGUGAAUGGUGUUGCAUUCAAGAUUCUUGGGAAGAAUGGGAGACGACGGACGAACACGGUAGCUUCUGGUUGCGGCCUCAACCGCUCUUGUGAACGACGCAGGGUAAGCCCGAAUGGCGGACCAAGCAACUGCCACGACGGCGCAAUAUACGAGCACGACACAGCGAACAGGCGAAGCAAAAUAUGGAAGCGAACGGGGAGAUGCCCUAGGUUGGAUGAUACGAAUUACUCAUGUCCCAACGCACGGGAAUCGCACAGUGACAGGUGCCAUCCCAUCGAGGACUGGCUGCCAGACUUUGACUGUCCCGAGAGGAGCAGGACGUGCCACAGAGAACAUGAAUACGAGCACUGGAGUACUGAUGAAACUAGAGGCGGUAUGAAUACGAUGGAAUGUGGGCACAGGGAUGAAAGGCGGUAUAGAGACAAUGCUGGAAGGCAUUGGGGAUAUAGAAGAUCAGAGAGCAGGGAGGGGAGGCACGUGGAUACUCGGAGGAGAGGUUUGAGGCAUUCGGCCAACGGGCGUUCUCGCUCGGGAGUUCGAAGGGUCAGAUUUAGAGAGUGA